UUGCAGCUGGGCCAACUCGGAGGCGCAGGCGGCGGCGCAGCGCGGGGCGCCGGCGGCAGGUUCAGUGGCAGCAUCAUGCCCGAGCCCACCUCCAGGCAGCCGCCGCGCGCCGCCCGGGCCCCGGCCGGGGAGGAUGCCAGACGCCCGGGAGAGGCCAGGACAGCGGUGGCGGCGCGAUGGUGGUGACAAGCUGUGCCCGAGGCGGCGGCGGCGGAGAGGACCGCGCGCCCUCCCGGCGGCGGGACUGCGGACUCGCGCCGGCCGGUGCCGCGGCGCUGCUGGCCGGGGCGAGCUGCCUGUGCUACGGCCGCUCCCUGCAGGGCGAGUUCGUGCACGACGACGUGUGGGCGAUCGUGAACAACCCCGACUUGCGGCCCGGCACCCCGCUCCGCUGGAGCAUCUUCGCCAACGACUUCUGGGGCAAGGGCAUGGCCGAGAACACCAGCCACAAGUCCUACCGGCCGCUCUGCGUCCUCACCUUCAAGCUAAACAUACUUUUGACUGGCAUGAACCCGUUUUACUUUCAUGCGGUAAAUGUAAUUCUGCACUGCCUCGUGACCCUUGUGCUGAUGUACACGUGUGACAAAACUGUCUUCAAGAAUCGUGGACUUGCUUUUGUUACGGCGUUGCUGUUUGCUGUGCAUCCGAUUCAUACUGAGGCGGUGGCUGGAAUCGUCGGCAGAGCGGACGUGUUGGCGUGCCUGCUGUUUCUAUUGGCCUUUCUCUCCUACAAUAGGAGUGUGGACCAGUGCUGCGUUGGGGACUGUUUCCCAUCCACGGCUUCUCCCUUCUUCUUGCUGCUCGGUUUGUUUCUGGGGACCUGCGCCAUGCUGGUGAAAGAGACGGGCAUCACUGUGUUUGGAGUGUGCUUGGUUUAUGACCUCUUCUCCUUGUCCCACAAGCAGGAGAAAUCGAGCAAUGGGGUCAUCCAUCAGCGCAGCCCACAGCAGCCUGGGAGCCCCCAGCCCACGUUGCUGCCAGCACACCCUCUCCGGGAGAAUGGGAAGCAGCAGCGCUUUCCUCACAGAGGAGCUUGGAGCGGCUGCCACUCCCCAUUGCCACCAGAACCCAAGAGCAGUGGCUUCCCAGCGUCUCCUCGAGCUGUGUGGUCCAUGAUGAGGUAUCUGACAACAAGCAGGAAUAGAAAUUUCCUGCUUACCAUGAGGCCAUUCUUGAAGAGGGCCAUUUUGGUCAUAAGUUAUGUGAUUGUGGUUUUGUACUUCCGUCUGUGGAUAAUGGGAGGGUCUAUGCCCCUCUUUUCAGAGCAAGAUAAUCCAGCUUCAUUUUCGCCUUACAUUCUUACAAGAUUCCUUACGUAUUCCUACCUCUUGGCCUUCAACAUGUGGCUCCUGCUUGCACCUGUUACCCUGUGCUAUGACUGGCAGGUUGGCAGUAUUCCUCUGGUGGAGACCAUAUGGGACAUGCGGAAUUUAGCCACCGUCCUCCUGGCAGUUGUGAUGGCCUUAUUGAGCCUGCACUGUUUAGCUGCCUUCAAGAGACUGGAGCACAAGGAAGUUCUAGUGGGCUUGUUGUUCCUGGUUUUCCCGUUCGUUCCAGCCAGCAACCUCUUCUUCAGGGUGGGCUUCGUGGUGGCUGAGAGAGUCCUUUAUAUGCCCAGCAUGGGCUACUGCAUCCUCGUUGUGCAUGGACUGAACAAGCUCUGCUCUUGGCUGAACCGCUGUGGGGCCACCACGCUGACAGUGUCCACUGUGCUGCUGCUGCUGCUGUUUUCUUGGAAAACUGUGAAGCAGAAUGAAAUCUGGCUGUCAAGGGAGUCCCUGUUCAGGUCUGGAGUUCAGACUCUGCCCCACAACGCCAAGGUGCACUACAACUACGCCAAUUUCCUGAAGGACCAAGGUCGGAACAGGGAAGCCAUCUACCACUACAGAACGGCCCUCAAGUUGUAUCCACGCCAUGCAAGUGCUCUGAACAACCUUGGGACACUGACAAGAAACACAGCAGAGGCGCAGAUGUACUAUCAGAGGGCUCUCCAGCUAAGCCCGCAGCACAGCCGCGCUCUGUUCAAUCUCGGGAAUCUCCUUAAGUCCCAGGAGAAAAAAGAAGAGGCUAUCACUUUACUGAAGGAUUCCAUUAAAUAUGGUCCAGAGUUUGCAGAUGCUUAUUCAAGCUUAGCUUCAUUACUGGCUGAGCAGGAGAGAUUUAAGGAGGCUGAGGAAACAUACCAGGCUGGGAUAAAGAACUGCCCGGAGAGCUCAGACUUACACAACAACUAUGGAGUUUUCUUAGUCGACACUGGCUCUCCAGAGAAGGCAGUGGUCCAUUACCACCAGGCCAUCAGACUUAGCCCGAGUCACCACGUGGCCAUGGUGAACCUGGGCAGACUCUACAGGUCUCUGGGAGACAACAGCAUGGCUGAAGAGUGGUACAAACGUGCCCUGAAGGUGGCACGCAACUCGGAGAUACUAUCACCUUUGGGAGCACUGUAUUACAACACUGGCCGCUACGAAGAGGCUUUGCAGGUUUACCGGGAAGCUGCGGCGCUUCAGCCUUCUCACAAGGAACUCCGCCUCGCCCUGGCUCAGGUGUUGGCCAUGAUGGGUCAGACCAAGGAAGCCGAGAAGAUGACCAACCACAUCGUGUCGGAGGAGACUGGAUGCCUCGAGUGCUAUCGCCUGUUGUCAGCGAUCUACAGCAAGCAGGAGAACCACGACAAGGCACUUGAUGCUAUAGACAAGGCUCUCCAGCUGAAACCAAAGGACCCUAAAGUCGUUUCUGAACUUUUUUUCACAAAAGGAAAUCAACUAAGAGAGCAGAACCUUCUGGACAAAGCUUUUGAGAGCUACAGAGCUGCCGUGGACCUGAACCCAGACCAAGCCCAGGCCUGGAUGAACAUGGGGGGCAUCCAGCACAUCAAGGGAAACUAUGUGUCCGCAAGAGGUUAUUAUGAGAGAGCCUUACAGCUGGUACCAGACAGCAAACUGCUGCGGGAGAACCUCGCCAAACUGAAUCGCCUAGAAAAACGAUUACAAGAAGUUCGGGAAAAAGAUCAAACGUAGCAGCUUUUGACCUGCUCUCCAGGGACAGUUGCUGGUACCUCUGGAGGAGGAAGCAGUGACAGAGGCCUUGCUGCCGCAUCAGCAGGGGAACGGACACACAGUGAGGCUUCCCUCUCGCUCCCCGCCCAGGAUGCCACAUUUGGAGACACUGGCUGGGAGCCCUGUGCUGAGGGGCUGGCAUUCCCAUGAAAAAAAGAUAAAAAGAGCAAGGAGGCAAGGAGGUCUGAGAGGGAAGGCAUACGACAACUAUACAUUUUACAGAUUUUUUUUUUUGGCUUUAACUUCAGAUUUCCCUCCAGAUAUUUCUCUGUGGUUGCAACACAAACAUCUGGUUCUUUUUCUAGUUUUAACUUUUAUGUCCCAGAAAUACAAAAGUUGGAAAUGCUAUGAAGCCAGAGCAUUGCUUCUUCAUGGAAUAUUUCAAAGAGGACAAAUCCUCUAAGAUAAGCCAUUUGGGAAGUUCUAUCAAGAGGUGGCUCAUUUAAUUCUCCAGAGCCAGAAAGGAGUACGAAUAAUUUCUGUAGAACCUUCUGGAAUUUGUGGGAAAAGGGGCUGUUGUUAAGUGAGCUGGAUCCGAUAUUCCCCUAAACAUAUUGCUAGAGCCCUACUGAGUAGUAAUCGAAAUUCCACUCUGAUGCAAACUUUCCCAUUGCCUAACACAUCAAACAGGAAGCUUCUGGAAUAAUGUAUGGAUAUUUUUACCCCUAGGGGAAUGUCAAGGAUCUUGGUACCCCUAAUUCUUUAUGGAAAACCUAAAAUUAUUUUAAUUGUAUUACAAGUAUUACUAGAGUAGUGGUUCUGCUCUAUAAUUUCAAAAGUGCUUUUAAAAUCAUAAAUGUUUCCACCUCCACAUAUAUUGUUGUUUUGGUGGAGAAAAACAGUAUAUUCUACAUGAAAUUUAUUAAAGAUAUUAACUGAGAGAAAUGUUCUACUACAUUGUUAUGUUAACAUUUAGACAUCAUGAGAUUUAUUAUUUUUGACAAAUAUAUUAAACCAUUUCAGAAUCUUUACAAUAUAACACAGAAAUCUUCAUAGACUUUAAAUGGAAAGAGAGCUUUAUUGAUUUGUCUUCCUAAGCUUAAUGAGGAUUCUAUGCUUAGAACAUGAGUAGUGUAAACCCAAAAUUCAUUAUUAAUUAAUUCUUUAUCAAAUUAAUUAUUAAUUUUUAACUGUGGAGAAUUCAUGGAAAAUGCUCAAAAAAUCUAGAAAAAUCUAAAUUCAUAACUUAAAAUAUAUAUUUAUAUUUAAAAAUAAGGAAGGCAAAGUUGAACUUACAAAUUGACAGUUAUUUUUUAGUGUUAUUUAUUUUAUAACUUAUAAAAUAUUUAAUAUAUACACAGUUUUUUCAUUGUACAUAGUGGUUUUAAUAGUGGCUUUUUUAAACUUAUCAUACACAAAUUAUAAAUCUAAAUUACAAAGUAGUGAAGUUUUAACAGCACUUCAAAAACGUUGUAGUAAUUAUUCAAUUGCUAAAGUCAAAGAAAUUAGGACUCAGCCUACAGUGCUUGGGUAGUAGUAUAUUUUGGUAUAUAUUUUGAAAUUGGAACACUUGAUUUUAUUUUGAAAAAUUAAAAAAUCAAAAAACUCUGGGCAGUGCUCUUCAUGGUACUGAGCCGGGUUCUGUAGAGAUACAGUAGUUUGAAGGCACGCAUAUUUCCCAUGUUUAGGCUAAGAUGUGGUUAAAAAAAAACAAAAAAAAACUUCUUAGCUUCUUUUUUAACCAGUUCAAGAAGCAGUGACCCCGUAUUUUGGUGGGAGGAGGGGGAGGAGGGCCAAGGUAAAUCUAGAUAAAAGGAAGAAAAACUUCUUUAGAGAGAGAUAAUGGAGAAAGAGAAGAUAUAAGGAAUAUUUUAAAUGGGAAGAAUUACAGAAAUGCCCUUAGCGUGCACUUGCAUAUGCAUCAAUAAUCCAAUAGCAUUUAUAUUACCACUAUGAUCUUCCAUUUCUAAUACUCUUUUAAAGUUGUGUAUCAUAAACUUAUCCAAAGUUUUAUUUAAAAUAUUUUUCUUCCCCCUCAAAUAUAUUGCUAUAGUUCUAAGGCCAAGAAAGGUACUACAGCAUAUUGGAGUAAUAUGCUGUUAUUAUACCCAGCCCCAAAAUGAAAAAUAUGAAGCUCUAGCUAAAACUAAUAUCUAGGACUUUAGUCACAACUGUUUAGUGAUCUGUAACCAAAACCCACGCAAGGUUGGUGGAAAGACCGAGCCCCAAAUUUGGAAAAGCAGUUAUGCCUUACUUGAAGUGCUGCGAAAGCUUCGAGAGUGCAUCUGUAGGAUCAGUUGAAAUGGCAAUCAAUGACUUUCCAACGUGUCUGGGAGAGAAGGUCACACGGCCUUUGGGAGCCGCCACCCACCUUCUUUUGGGUGCUUUUCUCCCCGCCCCCAACUCCUUGUCUGUUCCUCUCUUUUCAGUCUCUUCCUCCCUACCUGCUUUCUAUCCCCCUCUCUCCUUUUCUCCUUUUGUCUGCAAACGCUGCCAUCUCUUCAAAUAUUACAAUUUAGCACUAUUGGGAUCAGACAUUUUUGUCCUCAGUUAAUACUGUCACUGAGAUGUGGCCAAGGAAAUAAUUUUUAUAGUUGAAACGGUGCCUAUAAGAAAAUAAAUCACAUAUUAUUUUUUCAAAGAUAUUAAGUAUAUUUUGUAACUAUUUUCAUUUGGUCCUUGUAACAUGAAAUAAUAUGUGGGACCCACGCUUAUCAAAAUUAAAGCUGAGUGCCCGGCAAGUCGUGGAGCUGUGCCCAGGUUGCCCUCCAGCUAGCACGACUGGCUCGGGAGAGCCAGCUGUACCGCCGUGCCGCCUGCACUGCCCCUCAGGGUCCUGUGCUCAGGAGCACUUUAUGCUUGGUUGCAUACCCUGCUUGAAAUUUCUGAUAUUUUAAACAGGAGUCCUGCAGUUUCAUUUUGUUCUGGGUCCUUAAAUACGUAGCAGGUGCUGGGUAGGAGGUAAGGUGGCCGAGGACAAGACAGGGGCUGCUAUAAACUGGCUGAACACUGGAUCCAAUGAUUAGAGUUUCAGUUGUGAUUCUGCUGCUCUGAGAAUCAUUUGCUGUUUUUUCUCAGCUGCGUUAGAGUUCCUUGUGCACACAUCUCCACCCUCCUACUGCCUAUCCGUCUAACCUGUCCUUCAUUCCUACCUGGAAUGAGUCAGUUCUCUUUGCCUUCAAAACCCCGUUACGUGGCAGCCCCCUAACGUGGGGCCAUAGAAUGGCGUUAGCAGCUUAUCUCAACCUUAAGAAUUGUUCAGGAGUUUAAAAUGUGACUCAGAUGUUUUCGGUUUGUUAAUGGCGAUUGUAAAACAUGGUUCAGUGAUAUAACACGGGUGAACUAAACCAAAGAUUUAAAUAACUUGGAGGAAGAAUAACUUAUUUUAGAAAAUCCUGAUUCUAACACACAGUGAGGCUGGAGAGCCACCAGUGGCUAACAACUUCCGUGGGAGUUUAUAACUUUUACAAAAUAGAUGUUUAUAAUCUCUCACAGAAGAGAUGCUUUCACAACUUUUGCUUUUAAAUCUAAACUAAGAUAAGCCAAAGAAUUCUAAAGAAGGAUUGGUUGGCACAAUUGGUUGGUUAAGGCCACCAUUCCAAGAUUGACAAAACAGAUGGGUUGGGAGGAGUGGUUUUGCACUUGUGGCAAUUGGGCUGUAAUUUGACCUAUAUUUACAGAAUUCUCAGUUCUCAGAUGGACAGGAUCUGCCUUGUCAUUGACAUGUUCCCAGACAAGGUGCCCAGUAUAGAAAACUCAUAUUUUUUAUGACUCAAGGUGUCCAUAACAUAGUUUAUGCCUAGACCUAUGUCUCUUUAUCUUUAGGUUAAUUAUACACAUGUCAGCUUUUGGUAAUCAUUUCCUACUUGUACUCAUUAGUUUAAAAAAAUUGUGCUCUGAUUUGUGAUGGAUGUGCAUCUUAGAUUAGUAAAUCUAUAGGAUAUUAGUAACAACAUUCAAAAGUAAUGUAGCUAUAGGUAGUUUAAUUUUUUUCUGAUUUCCAUAUCACAUUUACUUUGAUUAAACUAUAUAUUUCCCAAUAAUAGCAAAAUUUAUCAAAAUGGCAUCUUUUCACAUUUAAAGAAAGCAAAUACCUUUCAAGUCUUGCAUUUAGGCAGCAAUUGAGUCAGAUAAAAGCUUACAAUCCCCCAAAAUAUAUAGGGUAUAUAUUAUAACUUUUUUAUUAUUCUUGAAGUUUUUAUGUAAAAGAACAAUAUGUUGAACAGUUCUUCCAAAAAUAGCACUUUUAUAUUAUUUCUUAAGUAACCAUAUAGCUUAAAGAAAAGAAAUAAAAUAACUGCGAAGGUAUGGUUUAAUAUCAGUCAAUAAAAUGGCAUAACAGAAGUGAUGGUAUUCAUAUCUAUCCAUUGGCACAUAUAAAAAUGUCCCAUUACUAUCACCAAGGAUCCUUGCAAUUAAAACCUUUAGGGUAUGUAACUCAUAAAAUUAGCACCUAUCGCAAUAUACAAUCAUUGUUCAUUUGUAAGUUUAGAUCACUAUUUACCCUAACCUGGAAAGAGAUGUCUAUAUCCAGAAAUCCAGAAGUUUCUUUCUACCCUCGGUGGUGCAUAUGUGAAUUUGUGUAUCCCAUUUGGAAGUUUCCAAUGUUCAUGAUGGCCCUGGGGUUGUCUUGCUGGUCUGUCAGGAGAUGCACCAGUUCAGGAGUCGGGAGGUCUGGGCUUAGGCCUUCCUCUGCCCCCACGGAGCCAUCUCACCUUGGGCACAUCACCAAAGGUCUCAGUCCUGUUUAUCACACACCGAACCACGGGUCAGUUCCGCGGAACUGUCAAACUUUAUGAGUCUCCCGAUCCAGAUUCAAAGCCCUUUACAUCUGAUAAGCGUUGCCCUUUGUUUUAGGAAUUCUUAAGAUAGUCACCACAACAGAACAAAUACACAAACAGCCCUGAAAGUGACUGAACUGCUCACAUGCUUUAACACAGCGGAGGAAACCAGUCUUAUUUUGCAGCCUGUACACAUAAAAAAUUAGUGAUUUUGUUAUGUUUCUAGAGAAAAAAAGAUGUUUAAAAAUUUCCUUCUAAGGAACUGAAAUAUCUGUAGAAGCCAUGGUUUGCUUUUCUAAUGUGGAUAUCAUUUGACUUGCUGUAACUCAUACCAGUCCCUCAUUUUUUAGGGGGAAAUGAUUUGCAUCAUGUUCUUUGUUCAUGUUUUUAUUUCCCACUUCGAUCAGUUGUAUAUAAAUGCACAUUUUUGUUACUUUUGCUGUGCCAGUUAGAAAUAUAUCUUCCACAAAGUAUUUCUCCCAUGUAAGUCUGAUGUACACUUUGCCUAGGUCUUUUCAAAAUAAAAUUUAUGUAAAUGUUUAUUUUAUAUAAAAUAUAAUGAAAAUAAUUGUCUUGU